UGGCUUCUAAAUCCGUUGGCAAACAAGUCAUUGACUUUUUAUCCAAAUGUACAGACCCAUUUCACACAGUGGCACAUGUUGAAGCCACUUUGGCAGCUUCCAGAUUUGUAAGUCUAAUUGAGAAUGAAGAGUGGACUGACUUGAAGAGAGGAGGUCAUUACAUGGUCAAGCGGAACUCUAGUUCAAUCUGCAUGUUCUCAGUAGGAGAGAAGUACAAACCAGGAAAUGGCAUCAAAAUGAUAUCCGCACACACUGACUCUCCCUGUCUCAAAUUGAAACCAGCUUCUAAGAAAUCAAACGAAGGGUUCCAGCAAGUUGGAGUCCAACUUUAUGGAGGGGGUAUUUGGCACACCUGGUUUGACAGAGACCUAUCUAUGUCCGGUAGAGUAAUCCUAAAGGCAGAAGGACACAUUCUGGAAGAAAAGUUAGUCAAGUUUGAGAAACCGCUGCUGAACGUGCCAAAUAUCUGUAUUCAUUUGGACCGCGAAUACCACAAGAAGUUCUCACCCAAUUUGGAGAAGCAUGUGGUUCCGAUCAUAGCUGCUGUGGAAAAACAUGAAUUGAUCCAAGGCUCGAAAGAUUCGGAACAUUCGUCGUUUGUCAAUCAAACCAGUCCAGUUGUGGUUGAACUCUUGAAGAAAGAAUUGAGCCUAGAAGACGUGAACUCAAUAGUGGAUUUUGAACUAGCUCUCUACGAUCACCAGAAACCAUGUUUGGGUGGAGCGAACGAUGAGUUCAUUUUCUCUGCCAGAUUGGACAACCUUCUCUCCUGCUACAUUUCAACUUAUGCCUUAAUAGACUCUUCAGGCUCUUUGAAAGAUGAAGACAAAAUUAGAAUGGCGUUUCUCUACGAUAACGAGGAAGUGGGAUCUUUGUCUUAUCAGGGUGCUGACUCCAGAUUCACAGAGUCCAUCAUCAGGAGAGUAACAGAGGUUCUCAACUUGCAGCAGUCGGAAAGACCAAGCAAUGAAUUGUUCGAAAGGACGCUUGCCAGCUCCUUCCAUAUAUCUAUGGAUGUGGCACAUUACGUACAUCCGAACUACCCUGAAAAACAUGAAGAUAACAUGAAACCAAAACUAGGCGGCGGACCGGUGCAAAAAAUAAACUGCAACCAACGUUAUGCGUCAUCGAGUCGAAGUUUGGCGGUGCUGAAAUCAGUCGCAGAAAGCGAGCAAAAUGGAACAAAUAAAGUUCCGUUGCAAACAUUAGCUGUUCGUAAUGAUUCGCCUUGUGGGACGACUGUCGGACCGAUUCUGGCGGCAAAACUGGGAAUAGAAACGGUUGAUAUGGGAGUUGGAUGUCUGUCGAUGCAUUCGAUCAGGGAAACUGGUUAUGUUGACGAUGUCAAUCACGGACUGAAUCUGAUCACUAAGUACUUCAAUAAUGCCUUGCCUGUGUUCAAGUGAUUAUGCAAAUUUUAAACGAGUAUCAAUGUAACUAGAUACUAGAACUGCUUUAUAAUGUACAUAGCUUCAAGCAAUCUGUAGUUUUUGUCUACUUUUUCAAUUGCUAAUUUAAGAUUAAUAGCAA